GGGGCUGGAGUCGGCGUGGCCAUGGUCCUGGUCCUGCUGGUGGCCAUUCCCCUAUUGGUUCACACAACCAAAGGGGGAGGGUCCGGAGGAGGGGGCAUGCAUUACGAUAUGCUUGGGAGCUGCAAGAUGGUGUGUGACACUUUCACCCCCCCACAAGGAGAGCUGACAGCUGUCUCUCCGCAGCCCCCAGACUUCCCAAACCGCAGGGGCAAGCAGGGUUUGAGAGGGAGCCCUGGACUUCCUGGUCCUCCAGGUCCCAAAGGGCCACCUGGAGUGCCCGGUAAGCCUGGCCCACCUGGUCCACCAGGGCCUGGACCUGGCGGCUACAGCCCCUCGGUCUACAGUCCCAAGAUCGCCUUCUACGCCGGCCUACGGAAACAACAUGAAGGGAGUGAAAUACUUAAGUUUGAUGACGUGGUGACCAACGUAGGGAACUACUAUGAGCCAAGUACCGGCAAGUUCACCUGUCCUCUGCCUGGCAUCUAUUACUUCACCUACCACGUGCUGAUGAGAGGAGGUGAUGGGACGAGCAUGUGGGCUGACCUGAAGAAGAAUGGGCAGGUGAGGGCCAGUGCAAUUGCUCAAGAUGCAGAUCAGAACUACGACUACGCCUCCAAUAGCGUCAUCCUGCACCUGGACGUGGGCGACGAAGUGUGUGUACAGCUGGACGGGGGCAAAGUUCACGGCGGAAAUACCAACAAAUACAGCACCUUCUCUGGCUUCCUCAUCUACCCUGACUGA